AUGCUUGCCAAACAAGGAUGGCAUUUCUUAUGUAAUCCUAACUCUCUUGUUAGUCGGGUCUAUAAAGCAAGAUACUUUCCCCACUCGGAUUUCCUCAGUGCCGACCUUGGCUCCAACCCCAGCUUUGUGUGGCGAAGCAUUUGGAGUGCUCAAAACCUUCUCAAACUUGGAGUCCGCCGUACUAUCCGUACCGGUAUGCACACAACAAUUCUUGAUGCUCCGUGGCUUCCUGAUAAGGACAAUCCAUUUGUUACAACCAACAAUCCUGGGCUCUUGAAUCAGAAUGUAUCGACAUUUUUCUCGAUUGAUUCUCUGUGUUGGGAUUAUGAUUUAAUCAUGGAUAUGUUCAACCCCCGAGACGCUUCUCUUAUUCUUGGUCUCCCUUUGAGUCACACUUUUGAUGAUGACUGUUGGUACUGGAGUGGUGAACCAAAUGGGAGUUUCAGUGUAAGAAGUGCGUACGCCCUGCUUCAACAGAGCAAGUCCACUAGACCUGCUUCUAAUAAUUUCGGGUUCUGA